GACUUGGAGGCAGAGACCCAAGCAGCUGGAGGCUCUGUGUGUGGGUCGCUGAUUUCUUGGAGCCUGAAAAGAAAGUAACACAGCAGGGAUGUGGACAGAUGGUGUGAGUCAGUGAGAGCAGCGACUGGACCCAGAGCCAUGUGGCUGUGCCCUCUGGCCCUCACCCUCAUCUUGAUGGCAGCCUCUGGUGCUGUGUGCGAAGUGAAGGACGUUUGUGUUGGAAGCCCUGGUAUCCCCGGCACUCCUGGAUCCCACGGCCUGCCAGGCAGGGACGGGAGAGAUGGUCUCAAAGGAGACCCUGGCCCUCCAGGCCCCAUGGGUCCGCCUGGAGAAAUGCCAUGUCCUCCUGGAAAUGAUGGGCUGCCUGGAGCCCCUGGUAUCCCUGGAGAGUGUGGAGAGAAGGGGGAGCCUGGUGAGAGGGGCCCUCCAGGGCUUCCAGCUCAUCUAGAUGAGGAGCUCCAAGCCACACUCCACGACUUCAGACAUCAAAUCCUGCAGACAAGGGGAGCCCUCAGUCUGCAGGGCUCCAUAAUGACAGUAGGAGAGAAGGUCUUCUCCAGCAAUGGGCAGUCCGUCACUUUUGAUGCCAUUCAGGAGGCAUGUGCCAGAGCAGGCGGCCGCAUUGCUGUCCCAAGGAAUCCAGAGGAAAAUGAGGCCAUUGCAAGCUUCGUGAAGAAGUACAACACAUAUGCCUAUGUAGGCCUGACUGAGGGUCCCAGCCCUGGAGACUUCCGCUACUCAGACGGGACCCCUGUAAACUACACCAACUGGUACCGAGGGGAGCCCGCAGGUCGGGGAAAAGAGCAGUGUGUGGAGAUGUACACAGACGGGCAGUGGAAUGACAGGAACUGCCUGUACUCCCGACUGACCAUCUGUGAGUUCUGAGAGGCAUUUAGGCCAUGGGACAGGGAGGACACUCUCUUGCCUUCAGCCUCCAUCCUGAGGCUCCACUUGGUCUGUGAGAUGCUAGAACUCCCUUUCAACAGAAUUCACUUGUGGCUAUUAGAGCUGGAGGCACCCUUAGCCACUUCAUUCCCCUGAUGGGCCCUGACUGUUCCCCAUAAUCACUGACCAGCCUUGACACUCCCCUUGCAAACUCUCCCAGCACUGCACCCCAGGCAGCCACUCCUAGCCUUGGCCUUCGGCAUGAGAUGGAGCCCUCCUUAUUCCCCAUCUGGUCCAGUUCCUUCACUUACAGAUGGCAGCAGUGAGGUCUUGGGGUAGAAGGACCCUCCAAAGUCACACGAAGUGCCUGCCUCCUGGUCCCCUCAGCUCUCCCUCUGCAACCCAGUGCCAUCAGGAUGAGCAAUCCUGGCCAAGCAUAAUGACAGAGAGAGGCAGACUUCGGGGAAGCCCUGACUGUGCAGAGCUAAGGACACAGUGGAGAUUCUCUGGCACUCUGAGGUGUCGGUGGCAGGCCUGGUCAGGCUCUCCAUGAGGUUAGAAGGCCAGGUAGUGUUCCAGCAGGGUGGUGGCCAAGCCAACCCGAUGAUUGAUGUGUACAAUUCACUCCUUUGAGUCUUUGAAUGGCAACUCAGCCCCCUGACCUGAAGACAGCCAGCCUAGGCCUCUAGGGUGACCUAGAGCCGCCUUCAGAUGUGACCCAAGUAACUUUCAACUGAUGAACAAAUCUGCACCCUACUUCAGAUUUCAGUGGGCAUUCACAUCACCCCCCACACCACUGGCUCUGCUUUCUCCUUUCAUUAAUCCAUUCACCCAGAUAUUUCAUUAAAAUUAUCACGUGCCAGGUCUUAGGAUAUGUCGUGGGGUGGGCAAGGUAAUCAGUGACAGUUGAAGAUUUUUUUUUCCCAGAGCUUAUGUCUUCAUCUGUGAAAUGGGAAUAAGAUACUCGUUGCUGUCACAGUUAUUACCAUCCCCCCAGCUACCAAAAUUACUACCAGAACUGUUACUAUACACAGAGGCUAUUGACUGAGCACCUAUCAUUUGCCAAGCACCUUGACAAGCACUUCUAAUACAGCAUAUUAUGUACUAUUCAAUCUUCACACAAUGUCACGGGACCAGUAUUGUUUCCUCAUUUUUUAUAAGGACACUGAAGCUUGGAGGAGUUAAAUGUUUUGAGUAUUAUUCCAGAGAGCAAGUGGCAGAGGCUGGAUCCAAACCCAUCUUCCUGGACCUGAAGCUUAUGCUUCCAGCCACCCCACUCCUGAGCUGAAUAAAGAUGAUUUAAGCUUAAUAAAUCGUGAAUGUGUUCA